AUUCGAUCUACGGAGUGGUUUUGUCGGACCAACUACACACAGCACAUCACUUAUUCAGGAUGAUAUCGGAGGAGAUUUGAAUAUAUACAACUCACCAAACCCCCUGCUACACAUUUGAGUACAACGCUCAAAUCACUCAUUACUUUAUACUUCAGUGGAGUCAAUUCCACUCAAUUCACCGAAGAUGCCUCCAUACUCGCGACACAUGUUUGCAGCAAGCCGGACGGCAGCAAGCUCCAGCUUGCGCAGAGCCUUAACGCCAGUACCAACAACCCCUCCAAUAAUCCCCCCUCGUACCCUUCGAUCAACCCCACAACCCACCUACACCAACCUCCGGACCCUCACAACCACCACCACCACCUCCUCCUCCUCCCCCGGGGCACCCCAGCAAAGCCCAACUCAUAACCAAGAACACCACCAAGUCCCCCAAAAACCUCCAUAUCCAGCAGCAUCCCAAACCCAUACCCAAGCGCAACCCCACGACCUCCCCACGCAAAUCCGCCUCCUAAUGCGUCAAGUCCCCUACCCCGUCGCCAUCAUCACCGCCACGGACCCGCAACAACCACAACCACAAUCACAAUCACAAGCACCAAAAACCACCAGCACCAGCACCAGCACCAGCACCACCCGAUUCCGCGGCAUGACCGUCUCCUCCUUCAACACGGUCACGCUCCACCCAUCCCCCAUCAUUUCGUUUAAUGUGCGCCGCCCCUCCGAGACCCUCUCCGCCCUGCAAUCCUCCGGCCGGUUUCUCGUGCACCUCCUCGCCCCGACGGCGCAGACGGCAGCCCUGGCGCGGGAAUUCUCGCGGGGAAAUCGGCAUCUUGCUAUCUCCGAGGUCGCUACUGAUACUACCUUGCAAGGAGGGGCUGGGGGGAGGCAAACGCAAAUGCACAAGCAAGCUGCUGCUGCUGUUGCGGAAGCAGCACCGGUAGGCGCAUCCGAGUAUGACUUUACGCCUUUACAGCCCUUGGUCCUUGAGAAUGAGGGGCACGACGCGGGAUGUCUUCCGCUGCCACUAUUACGGCGCAGGGACUCGGUAGUUAGUUCGGUAACAAGCACGGGUAGAGAGGGACAAGCUACUACUCCGAACAAUGACUUCCCAUUUGUGUUGGAGUGUCGGUUGCUGCCGCAGUCGGUGCAGGUGCAGGAUCAUACGAUUGUUGUGGGGAGGGUGGUGCGGGCGAUUCUUUCGGGGAAACAGGGGCAGCAGGAAGGGAAAGAGGCGGCGGCGGUGGGCGGGCAUGCGACGACGAAGCAAGAACCGAGAGAUUUGUGCUUGACGUAUGCGGAUACGCGGUUUUGGGAGAUGGGGCGGGAGCUUUGAGGGGAAGUUUUGGUUUCUAGCAGAUGAGGUGGGAGUGUGGACUUGACGGUAGUAGUAGUAGAUGUAUAUUCUUGUAUUAUGGUUGGCAGGGAGUUUUAGAAAGGUAGGAUUUGGAUUGGAUGUGAAGGGCAGUGGAG